CAUAUGAUUAACAGAGACCGAAAGCCGGAAGAAGAGCAUCUCCAACAAACAGAAAUAGCAGCUCAGUCUUGGUAUAACCCAAUAACCCAUCUCCUCCAGCCCCGACCCAACCGUCGGAGAGGAGCAUUUGGGUUUUUUUUCACCCUUCUCCAUUUUCGUCUCCCUCUCUGGUUCUCACUAUUUUCCCCCAGACAAUGGGAUCAAAGUUCUAGCCCCAACGUCCCCCACACCCACCCCCUUCUCUUGUUCAAAUCUCGUGGUGGGUUUCUGGGUUAUUUUUUCUUUUCUUCUUUUGGUUGGGGGGUUUCCCAUUUGUAUUUUCCUUUUUUCUCAACUAUUUGGAGUACAGAUCUGAGUUGUUGAGAAAAGGGGAAAAAUAAAUUAAAAUUUCUUUAUUCAUUUGAAAAAAGUUUUCCUUCAUCAACAAUGUCACCCUCAUUCGGGUGGUGGGGAAAGGAAAGCAACAGAGGAACCCCCGUGGUGGUGAAAAUGGAGAACCCAAACUGGUCCAUGAUUGAGUUGGAAGGUCCGUCGGAGGAGGAUUUCCUCAUCGCCGGCGGCGGAACCGAGACUCCCACCCGACUUAGAGACAAAUCUCGCAACAAGAAUGCCAAGCAACUAACCUGGGUCCUCCUCCUCAAAGCCCACAAGGCCGCCGGUUGUUUAACCUUCAUUGGUUCCGCAAUGGUCUCAUUAGGCUCCGCCAUCAAGCGUCGAGUCAGGUCCGGUCACACCGAUGCCGACAGCACCGACACCGGCCUUGGCGUCGUUGAGAACCCGACCGUCAAAACUCGGUUCCACUCUUGCAUCAAGAUCUUCCUCUGGCUAUCGCUGCUUCUUCUAGGAUUCGAGGUGGCCGCGUAUUUCGAAGGUUGGCAUUUUGGAGCCCCACAUCUCCAAUUGCAGCACCUCCUCACAACCCCGCUCGAGUUUAAGUAUUUCUUUGACUCGAUUUACUCAAGAUGGGUUUUGUUCCGGGGUGAAUACCUCGCCCCACCUCUCCAGUUCCUCGCAAAUGCUUGCAUCUUGCUUUUCCUCGUCCAGAGUAUAGACAGGCUAGUCCUCUGCUUGGGUUGUUUUUGGAUCCGCUUCAAGAAGAUCAACCCCGUUCCUAAACAAGAUGUCAUCGCCGACAUGGAAUCCGGCGAGAAGGGCUACUUCCCCAUGGUGCUUGUCCAGAUACCCAUGUGCAAUGAAAAAGAGGUUUAUCAACAAUCGAUUUGUGCCGUGUGCAAUCUGGACUGGCCGAAAUCGAAGCUUUUGAUCCAAGUUCUGGAUGAUUCCGAUGACCCAACCACGCAGUUGUUGAUCAAUGAGGAAGUUCAGAAAUGGCAGCAAGAGGGAGCUAACAUUUUGUAUAGGCACCGAGUGAUUAGAGAUGGCUACAAAGCUGGCAACCUCAAAUCUGCUAUGAACUGCAGUUACGUAAAAGACUAUGAAUUUGUUGCCAUUUUUGAUGCAGACUUUCAGCCCACCUCGGAUUUCCUCAAGAGAACAGUUCCCCAUUUUAAGAACAACGAGGAGUUAGGGCUAGUUCAAGCUAGGUGGUCGUUCGUGAACAAGGAUGAGAACCUACUGACUAGAUUGCAGAACAUUAACUUAGCUUUCCAUUUUGAAGUAGAACAACAAGUAAACGGGGUGUUCCUCAACUUCUUUGGGUUCAAUGGGACUGCUGGUGUUUGGAGGAUUAAGGCUUUGGAGGAUUCUGGUGGAUGGUUAGAGAGGACUACUGUUGAAGAUAUGGAUAUUGCUGUGCGGGCUCAUCUCCAUGGUUGGAAGUUCAUUUUCCUAAAUGAUGUGGAGUGUCAGUGUGAAUUGCCCGAAUCAUACGAGGCUUACAGAAAGCAGCAGCAUAGAUGGCAUUCUGGUCCUAUGCAGUUGUUUAGAGUUUGUCUUCCUCAAAUUAUCUGCUCAAAGAUUAGUGUAUGGAAAAAGUGUAACUUGAUCUUCCUCUUCUUCUUACUGAGGAAAUUGAUCCUGCCAUUUUACUCCUUUACCCUUUUCUGCAUAAUUCUCCCCAUGACAAUGUUCAUACCAGAGGCCGAGCUACCCGCAUGGGUUGUCUGCUACAUCCCUGCCACCAUGUCAUUCCUCAACAUCCUCCCAGCACCGAAAGCAUUUCCCUUCAUAGUCCCAUACCUCUUGUUCGAGAACACAAUGUCAGUUACCAAGUUCAAUGCCAUGAUCUCAGGACUAUUUCAUCUCGGUAGCGCCUACGAGUGGGUUAUCACCAAAAAGUCUGGUCGCUCAUCAGAAGGUGACCUAGUAGCAUUGGGCCUGAAAGAGCUGAAGCAUCAAAGAGGAUCCUCUGAGCCUAAUUUGGUCGAGAUGAAGGAAGAGUUGGUGAAGCAAGAACAGAAAGCGAUGAAGAAGAAGAAACACAACAGGAUGUACACAAAGGAGUUAUCUUUGGCUUUCCUUCUUUUAACGGCUGCUGCAAGGAGCCUCUUAUCAGCCCAGGGUAUUCAUUUCUACUUCUUGUUAUUUCAAGGAGUGUCAUUCCUUCUGGUUGGUCUGGACUUGAUAGGGGAGCAAGUUCAUUAAGUGGAUUCGGGGGGGGGGGGCGGAAUGGCUGAGUAGGGUUUUAUAGUUGUUAUACUGGAAUCAUUAUAUAAGUACAAGCAAACACUGGAUGGAAAUACAAGUUUAAAGUGAAUCAUAUAUAUACACGUGGGCAGGAAGACAAUAUACAUCAUCCGGUUGAGUGGUGUGCUUAGUUUGGCAAUCAUCCCUCUCAGGAUCUUGCCUGUAAUCGAAAGGUGGUUUGUGAUUCGACCCAUGGACUGAAGCAUGAAGAAGAAGAUGAUGGAACAGAAGCAACAGAAAACAUUGUAAUUUGGGGGAGGAAUGGAUAUAAAUAUGUUAGGUAUAGUUUCAUGAUGGACGACCCUCUGUUAAAAAUUGUAAGAACUCUUUUUCUUGCUCUAUUUUUCUUGGGGGUGGGUUUCUGUUCUGUUUCAUUCUUUUGUUUUUGGGUUCGCUUCUUUUGAAGGAAGGGGGAGGACAUAACAUAAUAAAAAGGGGAGGAAAAUAUGUUGUGAAAACGUGGAGUAGGGGAGAUUAUUGACUUCUGUUUUCUUUCUUUUUGUGUAAGGAGGCAAAAGAUGAUGAGAAUUCACUUAUUGAAUAUGUCGUUAAGAAAAAGCCUUUUCAUGU